CUUGGGGUCCGGUUGCAUGUACCAACUGUCCACGAGGCUUGAAAUCUCAUCUCCGUUUCGAGGCUGGAAUCCUGGAAACCUGGAUCCUUCGCAACAUCUAACCGGCUCUGCAGGGUCACUCACGAUUUCAUGUGAUUAUCAGCCAGCUUGGACUACCUAUCGGGUUCGAUAUCUCGGCGCGUCGUUGCCAGUCAGCACCUAAUUGGUAUUCCGAAAUAUUGGAAUUGGAUUCGCAAUAAUCCUGCCAGGAUAUCUCGGGUUCGAACCACAUCCUUGGUUUUGAUAAUGGAAUCGUGACCUUAAGUACUAUGAUUGAAAAUCGGACUCAAUCUCACACGGAAAAGGGAUAUAAUGGCAUCGAUCAGGCCGCGCUCAGACUUGAGGAGUCGAGCAGGUGACGCAUCACGGUCGAAGAGAAUGGGAGGGUACAUGGAAACAUCGAAGGAGGAUUUUCCCCCAACGCUUACCAGGAUUGCGCGAAGAGAAGCAGACAGCGGCAACAGGCAAGGGGCCUCGUUGAAUGCUCAACCAAAGACGCAAAGUCGGAUACCCCAGAACCCAUCGAUGCGAAAACCACCAGGUUCAUCCAGCAGGCCGCCUCUCACUCAUGAGACUCGACCAACAGGCUCUACAGGCUUCAGCUUCGGACGAGCAGCACCCGCAACUCUCAGUCCAGUGAUGCCCUCGAUUCAGGAUCGAGAUGCCGUGUCCAGACAAUCUCACGGUGUCCUUCGCCGGAAGCAGUCGAGCGUAUCACGGGAAAUCGGCAGCCUCCGAGACUACUCUCGUUCAAACUCGGGAAAAAACACCUCUUCCUCCUGUAUACCGAGAGCCCAGGCGUUCCUUGAUCCUUAUGUUUCACACCUGAACCGAGGUGUUACGGAAUGUCCCGUGGAGGUCAAGUUGGCACAGGUAAUUGAGCUGCCCAAAGCUGUGGCCCAGUCAUCGACUACGAUAUAUCCCGAGUUGGAUCGGUACCGAGACAUCGAGAUCCCCAGGAACAGCCCAGGAACCGAUGGGCUUUUCAGACUCGCAACUCAUGAUCUUCUCCCGCCAACGCCCCUUUUCUCGGGGACGAGCAGUCACAGCCAGUUGAGUACGUUCAGCGGUAGUCCGUCGACAAGGUUUUCGGAAUCGCCCGGCCCCGGCCCUUACAGCCGAGACACAACACCGACAUCCAUGUCUUCAGCAUCUCCCGGUCUCGUUGCACCAUUGCGUAACGCUGCUUCCAAAGUGAAACAAGCAAGUCCAGCCGAGAGAAGACCGCCAGUGACCCGAAGAAGAGCCGGUAGUAUACCGACUGAUAGUGAUGGAUUUGGUACCGACUCUCAUGGUCUUGCGGUAGUUCGAGAAGCACUUACAUCGUCGUCGUCGAACUCGACCGUGCGUGAUGCUGACAACAAGGAAAAAAAGAAGAAGAAGGCUUUGGCACAGCUGCCAGCCCCUAAACCCCCACCAAGGAAAUCAUCGCAAAAGUUCAACAAGGAUCGUGAUGUGGACGAGUCUCCGUCCAAGCCUGCUCAGACGCCGGCUCACCCCGUGAUGAGGUCUCCUUCGCCCAUCAAAUCGGACAACAGCCACAGACCCUUCACGUCUCCACAACCUCGACCGACGCCGCCUUCCCGGCCAAGCAGAGACGGCACACCCGACUUGUACUCACAAUUCGGCGGGCCGCUUCCGGUCAUCCACAGCAACUUAUCCGCCAGCAGUGUCCCUGAUCGACGUCAAAGCGCACAGUUAGCCCCGAGUUCGCUCCCCAGAUCUACCACCCCGUCGUCAUCACAGGACCGCCCCAACGCGUCAAGAUUACCAGUCAACCGAGAGCCGACACCUGCUCCCUUAUCGGCCUCUGCCUUGGGUGCCCAGCCUGCGAAGACAGAAUCCAGAAGAGCCACUCGAACUCCGAGCCCCAGCGUGACCACAUUCAAGUCGAGGUUUGGAUUGUUCGGGAGGCGAACGAAAACAGAAAGCGAUGUGCCCCAAGUGGACAAGAAAGACAAAUCAGCACGCAAGGGCCCCGCAGCAGGUACCGGACACGAGGGCUAUGGUAGGAUUGGAACGGUGCGGAGGCGAAGCAGCCAUGCACCGACACCACGCGGACUGGGUGGCCCUGUUUCUUCAUCUGAAAGCUUGGCCAGCACUCAGUCAACCGACCCGUUCCUUCUCGAGCGGAUGAACCCUGUUGUCAUCGCUGGAGGUGAGAUUAUUGAGAAUCGCAACGCCAGCUCCGAGUUGAGUCGCACCAACAGCGACCAAAGUCUGCCACCUCCUGGUCCUAGCAUCGAUUCUCGCAACCGAUCCUCGAUGUCCCUGUCAACAAAGGAUGGUGGUGUUGGUGCAAGACACACUCUUUGGCCAUCCCCUUUCCCCCGCACUUCGGUUCACUCACGCCGACCUUCUGACAGCAGUGACUCGGAGGCUGUGACCAUGAAGUCGACACUUGCUUUCCGGAGGUCUAUUCAACGACUCCGUUCGUCUCCGGACCAAGAGCCGAUGAAGUUGCCGAAACCCAUCGUGACAAGGAGCAUAACCAUGCCAUCAGUCGUUAGCAUGGAUACGGCUAUCUACACUGACGACUCUGUGGUGUCUCAGCCUGAAGUUGGGCGUGGCCGAGGAGCCAAGGAUGCAGCGCCAAGGAAACUGGUCAAGCGUGCUAAAUCACCUCGAAAAUGGAACCUGUUUAGUCGAUCCCAGAGCCAACCCGCCACGGAGCCGAAAAAGAAGAAAGGGGACUCGGCGACAGUGGCUGCUGCCGUCAAAGCGGUCCCGAGAAAGCCGGUCCCGUUUUAUGCCAUCAUGGAUUCGUCGGAGCAGGAGGAUAUGUCAGACCCGGAUUUGACUGACAUCUUGAGAGAAGCACAAGGUUUGGCGCCUCCGUCAUCCGUCGUAAACAGACACGAGCGGAGGCCUUCUGCAAGCAGUCAACGCAAGGAACAACAGCCUCCUCCACUGGAGCCCCGACAAGCUGUGCGGCCUCAGCCAGUCCAGAACGCACCGGCGCAAGUGCAAACAACGACUAUCGCCAAACCAAACCAAGCUAGGCCCUUUGAUAGUCAAGUACCAGCGACAAAAACGACAGGGAGAAGCGCAGUCAGGCCUAGUCGACUUCCACAAGUUGGCAGGAUUCCGAAGGUGGUCAACACCCGCCCAGAACAGACAUCUCCCAAGAGUUUCUCGAGGCCGUUCAAUCGAAUCAGUCUUCAACUCCAACCGCCACCUCAAAUCCAAGUGGAUCAAGACUCUGUCGCCAAGGGUCCCAGCCCCCCGAAACCGUCCACGCCCGAGCUGUCCAGAGAUGAGCCGACAGCCACGAUUGUCACAAACAACUCUCCGAAGAAUCGAUCACCUGCACAAGGGCCGUCCAUGGACUGCUCACGGCCCGAGGAGUUUUUUGCCUUCGCACCGCGAAAGAACUCGGAUUACACGACGAGCAGUUGUUCCAGCAUCUCCGCAGCCCCUGCCUUUGCCAAUCAUACUACGGCAGUCGUUCCCGAGCCGACUGCACCUCUGGCCGAAGACGAAAUCUGGGACGAGUACAACGAUCUGCUUGGAGAUGUUCCACCAUCUGCGACAUCCUCUCGAGGCAUGGCAUUCCAUCUCGAGAAGUACGAGACGAAGGUGGUGAAGAAGAUUUCCAAGCCACUUGAGUCUCCCACCAUCAAAGUUCAGUCUGCCAAAGACACUCGCGACUCGUGCGAUACGGGAGAGGUUGCCACAUCUUCAAGUCAUUUCAGUGCUGAUAUGACGGCGAGGAUAAACGCAGCAUUCCACUUUGGUGCCGAACCUCCGUCUACGCCGUUUUCUGUCUCGGAAUUUGUGUCUGGGUAUGGGGAGCGCAACAAGAGUAGUGCCGAGGUGGCCAAACCUCGGGCAGCAUCACAAAGCAGCAGCAGUUCUCCUCGCGAGAGUGCCACAGCGAGAAUAUCAGCCAGCAGCAGCGCCAGUGAAGAAACCCCAUUGUCACAGGUCAACCUUCGGGUUGGCUCCAUGACGGUCAGUAAGUGGCUCACGUUUGGGCACGUACUCUUCAGUCCGGUGCGCGAGGAUCUGCUGCAGGUUGUUGGGUCUUUGAAACGUCACUCCAUUCUGGUCAUUGACGGGUUAGGUAACGAUGAUUGGUCUUUCUAUGCUGCCGAGACAUAUCCAGCGGCUACGUUUUUCAACCUGUCGCCCAGGGCACCAAUCUCGCAGGAACAUCGAUCAUCGGACUCGUUUCCCCUGACCCCACCCAACCACCACCAAAUCCAGUACAACUCCCACAUGGAAAAGUUUCCCUUUGGCGCUGAAAGCUUCACGUCUGUCGUCUUCCGCUUCCCAUCCGCCGCCCCAGAGGCGCACUACCGAAACAUUAUGUCGGAGGCGCGCCGGGUCCUUAAACCCGGUGGCUACAUCGAGCUUUCCAUCCUGGACGUGGACCUGAACAACAUGGGAAACCGAACCCGACGAGCUGUUCGCCGGUUGAAGGAAAUAGUCAAUAUCAAGAACCCCGACUUGAACCUCAGCAGCACCGCAGACCUCGUGUUGCGCCUGCUCGGCAAGAUGGGCUUCGUCGACGUGAAGACGUGCCGCGUCGGCAUUCCCGUUGCAAGCGCCAUUGCGAACUCGGGGAGUGAGGGUGGCAAGAAGAAGGGGAAGGAUGAGCGGAGCUUGGCGGAGAUGAUGAACGACGAGACGACCAUGGGCGACGAGAACAUCACCAAGAUGGUUGCCAAGGUUGGUCGUUGGUGGUACAACCGCCUCUACGAGACCGCUACCGGCACCAAUGCCAGCAUCUGGAACGACAAGGCCUUGUUGGCUGAGUGUGAGGAGUGGGAGACGACGCUGAAGCUCAUGGUGUGUCACGCGAAGGUUCCCGAGACGAGAGGGCGAGUCUCAAGUAUUUGAUUUCUACGUUUGGGCCACUUAUUUACACCUUGCCCUGGCUUCAUAGGUUUGGCCCUUCUUCACCAUUCUUCUUGACUUUUUGGGUUUCUUAUACGUUCCCCCGGAUUUU